AUGAGGGAACCCUUUUUCUCAACGUGCGAGAGAGAAUUUAUUCUUCGUGCAAUUGGAACGAAAUUGAGAUUGGAUGGCAGGCAACCAUAUGAUUAUCGGCGCUGGAAGAUCACAUUUGGUGUGGAGAGAGGCUGUUGCCAAGUGGAACUUGGCAAAACAAGAGUAUUAGCUCAGGUAUUAGCCACAGUAACUCAGCCCAAAGCCAAUCGGCCGACAGACGGUGUCUUAUUUGUCAAUGUGGAGUUGUCUCCCAUGGCUUCUCCAAGUUUUGAACCAGGAAGGUUUUCUGAAGUUGCUGUAUAUGUAAAUCGUUUGAUGGAACGUUGCCUGAAGGAAUCUCGUUGCUUAGAUACUGAAUCUCUCUGUAUUGUUGCAGGGGAAAAAGUGUGGAACAUUAGGGUUGAUGUACAUGUCCUUAACCAUGAUGGUAAUUUGAUUGAUUGUGCUAGUGUAGCAGCUAUUACUGCCUUAGCACAUUUUAGGAGACCAGAUGUAACUGUUAGUGCUGAGGAAGUUACAGUUCAUCCUGUUGAUGAGAAAGAGCCAAUACCACUCAGCCUUCACCACAUGCCGGUGUGUGUAUCAUUUGCCUUUUUUCAACAAGGAAAGUAUCUUCUGGUUGAUCCAACAGAGAAAGAAGAAAAAGUGAUGGAUGGUAAAAUGGUGAUUGGAAUGAACAAACACAGAGAAAUAUGUACAUUGCAAAUGGCUGGUGACAUGCUUCUUAUGGAUGACCAGAUUUUGCGUUGCUCUAAUAUUGCCGUUGUAAAAGUCAAAGAAAUCUCAGAUCUUAUUCAAACAGCAUUGGAAAAUGAUAGAAUAGCAAGGUCAACUGGUGCUAAGUUUGGAUUUGCUGAAUCUGUUGAGCCACAGAAGAUAACAGCCAUGCAGAAAGAGCUUGCUGAAGUGGAUCUGUCUAACCUAAGUAGCAAAGAGGCAGAAUUACUGACUGCUCCAGAAACUCCUGAAUCAAGUUCUGAAUCUUCAAGCAGCAGUUGUGAAAUAAAUUCACCUCGUAUAAAACUUUGGCUAAGCAGGGGCUGGAGAUGUAUUGCUGAAGUUAGUGAGCAGAAAUUUCAGAAAAUAAAACAACCAUCUAUCUCUAUAUAUCUAUCUCUAUCUCUAUCUAUCUAUCUCUAUCUCUAUCUCUAUCUAUCUCUAUCUAUCUCUAUCUCUAUCUAUCUCUAUCUCUAUCUAUCUCUAUCUCUAUCUCUAUCUAUAUCUAUCUCUAUCUAUCUCUCUCUAUCUCUAUCUCUAUCUAUCUCUCUCUAUCUCUCUCUAUCUCUAUCUCUAUCUAUCUCUAUCUCUCACAGCUCUGUGCUCUAUCUCUAUCUAUCUCUAUCUAUCUCUAUCUAUCUCUAUCUAUCUCUAUCUAUCUCUAUCUAUCUCUAUCUAUCUCUAUCUAUCUCUAUCUCUAUCUAUCUCUAUCUCUAUCUCUAUCUCUAUCUCUAUAUCUCUAUCUAUCUCUAUAUCUCUAUCUAUCUCUAUCUCUAUCUAUCUCUAUCUAUCUCUAUCUCUAUCUAUCUCUAUCUCUAUCUCUAUCUCUAUCUAUCUCUAUCUCUAUCUAUCUCUAUCUCUAUCUCUAUCUAUCUCUAUCUCUAUCUAUCUAUCUCUAUCUCUAUCUCUAUCUAUCUCUCUCUAUCUCUAUCUCUAUCUAUCUCUAUCUCUAUCUCUAUCUCUAUCUCUAUCUCUAUCUAUCUCUAUCUCUAUCUCUAUCUCUAUCUAUCUAUAUUUAUCUCUAUCUCUCUCUAUCUCUAUCUAUAUCUAUCUCUAUCUAUCUAUCUAUAUCUAAUAAUUAAAAUAAAAAGAACAGGUGCUGGAACUGCUCAGCUGGGUAAAGAUAUUGAAAGUUCAAGUUCAGAAAGUGAUGACUCAGAAAUCAUGGAAACUGCCCCGCCCCAUCCUAAAGUCAAGACAAACCAAUUUUCUGUUCAAGCCUCUGAAGUGAUCGAUAUUGAUGAUGACAGUGAAGAUGAAGUUACCAUCAUUCAAGAUACACCAGACAUUGCCAAAGCAGAAUCAUCCAGUGCACCAGAAGGAAAGAAGCCGACCCUCAGAGAUCUUUUGUUGGCACUGAAGAAAAAGAAAUGCAAUUAA